CGGGUAUAAUUGGAACAGAUUUUUAUAGAGCAUGCGAAGUGUCCGGAAUAAUUAGAACAAGCAAGCAGCUGCAUGCGAGCUAGCUAAGUUUAAUAGAACAAGGUACGACUGAAUAGUUGCACUAACUAUCUAAAACUAGCUACUCAAAGCUAUCUAACUGCAGCACUCCAAGUCUUACUUGCCGUCUAUGAAUGGUAACUCAACUUUUCAAGGUAUUGUCCGGAUAUUUAGAACAAAUGUAAUAUUAAAGUACUGGAGUGUCCGUUGUAUUAGAACAACGAAAAUUGCCCAAAAGAGUGUCCGGGUAAUUAGAAGUGUCCGAUAAAUUAGAAGAUAUACGGUAGAGAUCUACCCCCUUGGCCGCCGCUAGUCAACCAGAUCAGUGCAGUUUGAUGUUGAGAAGACAGAUACGUUGAACCUCUGACAGUUUUGAACCUCUUCAUGAAUAAUAAGCUGACAUGAGCAAGAGAAACCCAACUCGUCUGGUGAAUUUCAGUGAAGAGUCCUCCCCAGUACCCAUCAUCGCCCAUUCGCUUCCAGCCACCUCCCACUACGGAGCUACCAACACAUCUCACCCUAGCUACAGUAGCUCUCUGGUCGAACCUGUGUUGGACGACAGUGACGUCAUGAUGUCAGAAAGCCUAGGCAGCCAGUCUAGUGUCAACAUACGUAGAAAGGAGGCUGCCAGGAUUAUUGGGAGCAGUAGUAAGGGUGGAGACUAUAUGGAUGACAAUAUCGAGAGUUCAUAUGACGUCAUUCCCAGUGGUAAUACAAAUAAGAGACAAGAUCAUUUAACAUCUGACGCGCAAACACUCAUCCAUAUGGUAAAGGGCAAUGUUGGAACUGGAUUGUUAGCACUGCCCUUAGCCAUCAAGAAUGCUGGACUAGCUGUUGGCGGUAUUUGUUUGUUGCUACUGGGGAUCAUAGCCACGCACUGUAUGUUGAUGUUGGUCGAUGUAGCUCACAAGUUAACGAGCAGACAUACUCAGUUUCAAACAUUGAACUAUGCCCAGACAGCAGAAGUGGCAACGUCUGAACACACGCACAAUAAACGUCUUGUGAGAGCUGCAGGUGUGGUGGUAAACAUCUUUCUGAUAAUCACCCAGUUUGGAUUCUGCUGUGUUUACUUCGUGUUCAUAGCAGACAACCUCAAUCAGGUGUUUUGCUCAGCAUUUGGAGUAUCUCUAGCAGAUAAACAGCAGGAUGCAAUUCACGCCUGGAUUGCUGUCAUCAUCAUUCCUAUAGUGGUGUUCUGUUGGAUUAGAAACCUCGAGAGUCUGUCUCCAUUCUCAAUCAUUGCCAAUGCUUGUAUCGUCAUCAGCCUUAUCGUCAUAUUGUACGACGAAAUAUACCGCUUCUUAUCCCCUGAUCCAAAGUUCAAAGCAGCUGCCCUUCAUCCAAGAAAUGCUACUACUGGUGAAGGCAUCGUCAUGAUACCACAGAGCAUCACAACAGCAGCUCUUUUCUUUGGAAAUGCCAUCUAUUCAUUUGAGGGAAUCGGAAUGGUGCUACCACUGGAGAACAAAAUGAAAACUCCUGAUCAUUUCAAGCGGGUUGUGUACAUUGGUAUGGCCGUGGUUAUUUUCCUCUACCUAUUUGUUGGUUUACUGGGCUAUUCUGUGUAUGGAGAUGCUGUUGACGCCAGUGUCACUCUCAACUUGGAGGAAAACUUCGAGCGAGUUGGUGCAUCCAUAGCUUUUCUCAUUGCAAAGCUGUUCUAUGCCUACGCAAUAUUUGCAUCAUUCAUGCUGCAAUUCUACGUCCCCAUGGAUUUCCUGGAACCACCAGUCACUAAAGGUAUCGACUGGCUCAAAGAGAAGUUUUAUCUGGUCUACCGAUACCCAAAUCAUCACCAGUUGUUGAACACCGCUCUGCUGCUGGUCUUUAGGACUUCACUCGUCCUUUUAGUAGCUUUAUUUGCGCUGGCACUCCCUGACCUGAGUGACCUGAUUGCACUGAUUGGAGCAGUGGCAAGCAGUGCCUUGGCCCUCAUCUUCCCACCUCUGCUGCACCUGAUGGUCUCUGUGCAGCGACAGCACCUGCCAUGGCAUAGCCAGUACUCCUCAUCAAUGGUCAAGCAGGUAGCAUGGAUGACAAAGGAUGUUCUAAUAAUGCUGCUGGGAAUCGUAGGAAUGGGACUCGGAACGUAUGCCUCUAUUAAUGGUUUAGUAGGCUACUUUAAAGAUGACAGCAAUUCUCCUAAUAUUUGUGUAAAUUUUAUGCAAUGAACCAGACUGAACGUUUGUUAUUAAUUCUGAUACAGUUGAGAACUGCAAUUUACCCCCCCCCCCCCCCUACCCGAAAUUUACUGUUGGUGUAUAAACAGAGUAGAAUAAAUUAUUGUUAUAUCGUGUAUAAUAAAACUGUAUUGUCACACAUGUAUUCAACACCCUCAUAGCUUCUCUUUUUUUUUCUGACUAGAAAAGAAUCAAAUGUAUAUGUGUAUAUAAUUAUACAAAUUAAAGCUAAGCUUACAUA